AUGGCCGAGGUCCUUGCUGUUAUGUCGGGCGCAGUCACCGUCGCGUCUUUGUUCAGCAGCUGUGUAGACUGCCUCGGAUACGUCCAGCUGGGCCGGCACUUUGCGCGAGACUACCACGUAUGCCGGCUCCAGCUGGAUGUGGCAGAGAUGCGCAUGGUGCGAUGGAAGGAAGUGGUCAACCUCGACAAGGACAGCCGCUCUUUUGAGAGCGACAACAGGGAGACGCAAACGAUCAAGACCCUCCUGACGGAGAUGGAAGGCGUCCUGACGACGGUCAAGCGAAAGGCAGAGCGCUACAAGAGGACAGCAUCGGUGGCAGACCUGAAGACAUGCGAAGACGACAAGGACAUGGCAGCAGUGCCGAAGAAAGUGCACCAAAGACUGAGACGGGUCAUCGGACGGCGGCAGGAGUCCAAUUUAUUUGUCCAGAAGGCUGCGUGGGCGCUGUACGACCGCGAGCAGUUCAAGCGGAUGAUCGCCGAGGUGCUCGAGCUGCUGGACGAGCUCGAAAAGGUCUUGCAGGUCGAAGAGGCCUGUCGCCAGCGGGCCGAGGCACAGAUUUCGGAGGUGGGCGAUGUUGCCAGCCUGCAGGUGCUGCAGGAGGCCGCUCGUGGCACCGAUCCUCUGCUGCUCGACGUGGUCUGUCGCAAAGGCGAGGCGCUCGGCAGCCACAACUUUGCCAGGGACAUUAAGGCCGCCGACCAAGCCGACGUGCAGGUCGGCGAUCAGUUUUCCCAGACCGUCCUGAUGGGCGGCACGGGUGGCGGUCCAGCCUUUCAUGGCGCGAACAACACGGUCCAUGGGCUCGAUGCCAAGGGGUCGGCAAAGGUGCAGAUAGGGAGCCGGUUUGGGUAG